GGGGAAUCGGACAACUCUUUGACAUCUUUAAAUCACAAAAUAUCUACUGGGAAUUGUGCGUGGAUCCCACAUUUAAAAUGACGUGGCAGGCAAAACAAAUGCCAUUUUCAUUUCUGUUGAUCCUUCUCUGAUCAGUUUUCAGUAAUCUCCUUUGGCCUUUGCCCAUGAUCGCGCUGAGGCGCCAAUUAGCGGCUGCUGCCGCGAUAACGGUUGCGCCAGCCGCUUACCGUUUCCUUUCUAUCUUCCGGUUGUACACCACCGCUGGUGUAGCUCAACCGCAGUUCAACGGCGAUUACUACUACGACGACAGCCAACGCUGCGAGCCGAGUGGCAUUCUGCUUGGGACUGCUGCAAUGGCAGAAACUGAAAGCUCGGUUCCAAGAAGGGGAGUGCAGUGGGCGUUUAUAGGAUAUCCACGCGUCAAGAAGCGCGUGUACGCCGAGACACUCUCGAAGCUUCUAGAAGUUCCUUACGUUUCCAUGGCGAGUCUCGUUCGUCAAGAGCUGAACCCUGGAACUGCUCUCUACAAACAGAUUGCAAAUGCUGUGAAUCGUGGGCAACUUGCUCCAGAGGAUAUCCUUUUCGGCCUUCUUUCUAAGAGGUUGGAAGAUGGUUAUUACAAAGGUGAAACGGGGUUUAUUUUGGAUGGAAUUCCUCGUUCAAAGUUCCAAGCUGAGAUUCUUGAUGAACUCGUUAACAUUGAUUUGGUUGUGAAUUUUAAAUCCGCUGAUGAUUUCUUGGUAAAGUACCAAGAAGAUGUCCGGAAAGAUAAGCUUCAAGCCUAUGUUGAGCAGUCUCCCCUUUUAUCCUACUUGUUUCACUUCCAACAGGAGCUAAUGAUACAAUGCACUUUUUCAUCAAUGAAUACUGAGCAACUGAUUUAGGUUUGUGAGUUUGUGACGGUUGUAUAAAGUGAGAAGGGGACCUACUCUCAUAUCUUGUGAGAUGGAUUUUGGGGAACAAUUAUUUUAAAAAGGACGAGGCACGUUUGACGCACAUCAAUGUGCUAGACAGGGCAUGACGGCCCUGUCUGAUCAAUGAACACCUACCACUCUGGAGUUAGAAAUCCUUUUGUCCCAAUUUCAAGGAAAACAACUCAUUAUUGGAAAAUGUCACUAUAUUAGAAGUUCUAUGUUCUAUAAUUUUUUUCAUAUUUUUCUCUCAGACAAACCACAUGUCUCUGAAUAAGAGUACAUGAAUUUAUAGUUUGCAAACCAUCAUUGAUAUCUGCAAUUUCAUGAUCUUUUUGACUCUGUUAUCUUUUCA